CCCGGGAACUGAACCGGUGUAUUAGGGAUCAGGCGGUCCUGAGACUUUCUAAUGGUUUCUGGAUCCCAUGCUUUAUGAAGUAUCCACAGCACAGCGUGUACCAGUAAUUGCCUUGGCUGAAGACCUUUUGCUCUCUUUGCGAUGGGCGGCCAAAUCUCUGUGGACAAGUCGGUGCAGGUGGUGAUAGUCGGGGGCGGCUUCGGCGGGAUUGAAGCUGCCCGCAAGCUCAAGUGUUGGGGAGUCCCCUUCGUUCUGGUGGACAUGAGGGACGCUUUCCACCACAAUGUCGCUGCUCUCCGGGCUGCCGUACAGAGCGGAUUUGCCAAGAAAACUUUCAUCUCCUUCUCCAAGACCUUCGGAGGCAGUUUCCGGCAGGGUCUGGUAAUUGGAAUUGACUUGGAGAAACGGCACGUCCUGUUGAAUGAUGGUGAACAGCUCUGCUAUUCCCACCUGAUCCUUGCCACAGGGAGUGAUGGGCCUUUCCCAGGAAAAUUUGACAAACCCAUGGACAUGCAGUCUGCUAUUCAGACAUACGAGGACAUGGUUCAAGAGGUUGAAAAAUCUCCCCGCAUAGUAAUUGUGGGGGGUGGUUCUGCUGGUGUUGAAAUGGCUGCGGAGGUUAAGACGAAGUAUCCCAACAAAGAGGUAGGAGCCACAAGUGACACUACCGUUCACCAUUUUAUUCCUCUGGUCACCCUUAUUCACUCAAAAGUUGCACUGGCAGAUGCAGAAGUGCUCCCCAGAGUUCGGCAGGAGGUGAAGGAGUCGCUUUUAAAAGAGGGGGUACAUCUCUUAUUGAGUCAGAAAGUUGAAAACCUGCAAUCGCUGACUUUAAACCAAUUCAAAGAGAACAUGAUAGUGAAGACAGACAAAGGCACAGAGAUUCUUACCGACAUGGUGAUUCUCUGCACUGGGAUAAAAGUCAAUUCCGCAGCAUACAGCGGUGCAUUCAGUGACAAGCUGGCAAGUAAUGGUGCUUUGCAAGUGAAUGAGUACCUUCAGGUUAAAGGAUAUGAUAACAUUUAUGCUAUUGGCGAUUGUGCUGAUGUGAACGAGCCAAAAAUGGCAUACCAUGCUGGGCUCCAUGCAGAUGUUGCAGUGACAAACAUUGUCAACAGCCUGACACAGAAGCCUCUGAAAACCUAUACACCAGGAUCACUCACAUUCUUGAUCUCACUGGGAAGAUGUGAUGGAGUGGGCCAAAUCAGUGACUACUACGUGGGACAUCUCUUAGUGACAGUAGUUAAAAGCAGGGAUCUUUUCGUCUCACAAAGCUGGAGAAAGAUGGGACAGUGUAUGCCAUGCUAGAUAGAAAGGGGCUUGCAAGAAAAGAUGCAGGUACAACAGGACCAGUGCCAAAAAAGAAUAUACCUUUCAAUUAAAGAAGGGUUGGGUAGUUAUUACUAAUUUUAAAAAGCUUAACUUUUGUCAUAUAUGGUUUGUAUAUCUUAUCCAAGGCUAUAUUUUAUAUUGGAUCUUGGGAUCAUUUUUACUAUCUGGCUCAUAAGCUAUAAUGGAUUCUGAAAGUUCUUGAAUUAAAAGAAGUAGCAACCUACAA